AUGGGACCCAAAUCCGCCCUCGACGCAUCCUCAUACCAGCACCCUGAUGGCAGCGAGUUUUACCGCAGAAAGAUCGAGCGCAUCCUACGGAUUCUAGCAAAACAGGGGUAUGAGUACGACACGCUGUCCUCGCAUCCAGUUUCAUUUUUCGCGGAUCAGGACCCCUGGGGCCAUGUUCAAGCUCCACAGUACACCUCCAUCGCCACCACAUGCGUCUAUCGCCUCUUUCAGUCGUUUGAAGAAGUCCUUGGCGACCGGCUAUUUGAAGACCUUUUUAGGUCUCGUGGUGUAGGAGUGGUCACCAAUCGAUAUUCAACCAAAAUACGGAGACCCGUCAAGUAUCCUGAUUUGUUGAUCACUGGGAUUCGGAUUGAAGGAGUUCGGCGGGACCGGUUCUUUUCUCGGAUUGUCAAUUGGUCCUGUGCGCAAGAUGCGGUCGUUUCAGAGACAGAUUGCAGUCAUGUGUUCUUCCACCAUCGGUCCGGGAGCCCAGUGGAUCUCAGUCGAGAAGAAGAUGGCUGGAAGAAGCUGCAUCCCGUCUUACAGGAGCGCUGUGAUGCCUCCGCCAAGAAAUGGAGGGCAGCGGAACCGGAAACCGGAAGUAAGAGUAUGGCGGCAAAACUUUGA